AUGGUCAACCAUGGCCCCUCAAAGGGCUGCUCGACAUGUCGCAAACGACGCGUCAAAUGCGACGGGGACAGGCCAAGCUGUCGUGAAUGCCUCCGGCUGCGACGCGUGUGUGGAGGUUACGAAUUAGAGAAAAAGACAGGCGGGAUUCGGAUUCGGUUCAAGCACCAGGGCACUGGUGCAAGGCAGGUCCUUUCGCCGACAUCACGGUCCAGGAGCCCUCGCAUGUCGACAACGCCAGAAUGGACAAGGCAGGCUGUCAUACCAGCAACGAUUACCCCCAGCGACGAAUCAUCCGCUGUCUGCUUCUUCCUCACCUCGAUCGCGAGCUUAGGACGCAGCUUACACUCGACCCAGGGCUUCCUGGAGCCUCUUUUCCCCGUCGUAGCCAAGGAGCAUCCCGAUUCUGUCCUCUCGACCGUCCUGACCGCCGUGGCAACGAAGCUCUGGAGUAUGUGGAAAACCCCAACAAACAGCUAUCGGACGCCUCAUCCUCCGUUUACCAGGGCGUUGAGUCGCCUGCGAGCAGCUCUCAACGAUCCCCUCGAGCGGUCAAAGGACAGUACCGUCCUCGGCGCCAUCUUGAUGCAUUUCUACGAGAGCCUCGCUGCUCGGUCGACGCACCGGCGUACCGUGCGCGCCCACCAGGACGGGGCUCGUGCAUUGCUCGAGCAUGGCGCCGGGACCGUCCCGGACUCGGAUUGCCGCGCAUACUUGAGGGGCUACCUGCGGCACUGUGACGUGUCGACAUUUAUGGAAGUGCAACCGGACGACACCUGGGACCUGCAUGUUUGGUUCAACGCGGGGUGGGACGAUUCUAUGCCAGCUACCCCGAGUGCAGUCUUGGACCUGAUCGGGCUCUCGAUUGCCGAUUUGCAAACGAGACUAUCCACCUUGAUGUGCGGGCUGGCCAAGAAUAACCUGGACGGUCUGGCCCUCGCGACUUGGUGGCAGGACGCUUCGUCCGUUGACGCACAACUCUUGGAUUGGGUUCAGCUGGUGCCGGCCUCAUGGCAGCCUUAUGCAAAACCCGAAGAAGACACCUUUGCUUACUUAGGGUUCUGCGAUAUAUACCCGACCGUCCAGAUUGCCACCAUCUGGAAUGUAUGGCGCGUUUGCCGGCUCAUGGUCCUGCGGAUGGAGCUCUGUCUGCUUGCGAAAGCGCCCCCCGAGGCGCUGCAGCAAACCAUCUCGAUUGCUACCAAGGAAUGCAGUUUCCCAGAUCCCAAUCGCGGCAGGGAGUUGGUGGACUCCAUCUGCCGGUCCAUGCCGUUUUACCUGGGCAACCGCCAAAAUCACGGAGGCAUGCACGACUUGGCGGCCCGGCGAUCAGAAUCCCCAGCUACCACGACCAAGACUUGGACGAAGCCUCUCCUCGAUUACAAGCGACAUAUACUGGUUCAAGGCCCUUCGCACGCACUGCUUCACCUGAAUAGCCUGAUCAAAGUGCUGUCAAAGGAGGGCGGAGAGCUCAUCUGUCGUGGGCUGCGUGGGGACCAAGUCGUCUGGAUACGGGAGCAGUUUCUCAGGGUCUGCGAACUUACUGACCCGGUUAGUCGGUUUAACUGGUAG